AGAACCUUCCAUUGUUUUUACUCCAGGCAGAUGGUUCUGUGAUGUUGGCAAAUGGUAUCAUCCAGGCCUGCCUCGAUCCUUUGGGACGGAUGGUGUCUCUUUCUUUACUACGCCCAAAAAGAGAGGCUGUUCCGGAGGGUUGCCAGGCCAACCAGUUCGUGAUCUUUGAUGAUGUCCCUCUGUAUUGGGAUGCCUGGGAUGUGAUGGAUUAUCACCUGGAGACCAGGAAGCCCAUCACUCAUCUCCUAAAACCCCUGGAAAUUUCCACCCCGGGCGGCCUGCGGGGCAGUGUGAGCUUCUCCCUGCAGCUCAGCAAGAGCAGCAUCCUAACCCAAGAGGUCAUCCUGGAUGCAGGGAGUCCUUACAUCUCCUUCCAGACUCAGGUGGACUGGAACGAAGCUCACAAGUUCCUCAAGGUGGAAUUUCCAGCCAAGGUUCGGAGCCCAAACGCCACUUACGAGAUCCAGUUUGGGCACUUGCAGAGACCGACGCAUUGGAACACGUCCUGGGAUUGGGCCCGGUUUGAG